CCGCGGCGAGGACGCCCUAGCCUCUUCGCGAUCUCUCCGGCCGCUGCCGGCCGUGCCCUUCCGCCGCCGCUUCAUCGCUUCGCUGCAGGCCGAACCGUCUCUUCCCUGGUACCGUUAGGUUUGUUUGGAUUUGACUAUGACGAAUCACGAAAUCUCAAAGCUUGAGGAGAGGCUUCAGCAUCUUCUCGUCCAAUUUCAAGUCGAGGCUGGGGUCCUUGAUCGAAUGGUCUAUAAGAACAAGAAUCAACAUCGUCGCAGUUCCUACUUCCAGUACCUUUUGAAGGUGAGACGUGAUGUGAAGCUUCUUCAGUCUGCUGGACUGGGGGAGAUCUUGAAAGUGCUCUUUCCCAUCAUCAAUGGAAGAAGAGCUGCUCAAAAGGCAUUUUAUCCCACACGUUCAAAGUCAAAUAGCUCUGGCUCAAAGCAUAACUGUCAGGAUCGACUAUUAGGCGUUGCACGAUUAUUAUCCAAGAUGACCGAACCAAUACUCAGGGCAGCUACUCAGAUAUCUUUAUUGCUUGCUAAGUCCUUCUUCACAGGAUUUUGCAUCACUAUACUCUCUUUGCUUGCCCGUCUCCGGGUUCUAGUUCAACAGAUGUUACUCGAUGUCAUUCUGAUAUAUAAUAAGGUUUCAUCUCUUUCUCAAGAAAGGCAAUCUGUAAAACUUUUUCAGGAUGGAAUAGAGGCUUUUAGGGAGUAUUAUCCCUCAACCGAGAGAGUUCUUAUGUUAGAUUGUGUCUGGAGAGAAGAUAAAUUUUUCUUGGUUGAAAAAACAGAAAAUAGAAAUAUCGAGAACAGGAAUGAAGAUCUAAGUGCUGUUCCCUUCACAACAUCUGUCCAGUAUGAAACCUUCGAACUUUUUGAUGAAGCAACCAAGCAUGAAAAUAUAUGCUCCCCUACCAUGGAAACUGACACCCAUCCACCGAAAGACCAACCAGAGACGGUAGCCAUCAUAGGAAACACUGUGAAUUCUGAAGAUGCAAGGACUCUGGAAGCGGUAAAGUUCGCCUCGGCAGAUGCUGAAGAAGUACUAGCUGCAAAAGUAGAUACAUUUCUCAGUGCUACAACCCCGGAACCUCAAACUAAAUCCAGAAGAAAUGUUGCAUUUGUUCCAGUGAAAAGGUCAAACCCGUCCGACACAAACACAAGUGGGCCAAGCAAGAAGAUGAAGUUGGACUUGGUUUCAAGCAAUUCAACAGAAGCUGAAGAUCCAUUUUUGGAUCUGCUAUUUUCUGGAAGGGUGGAGAGUUCUGUUCUGUGAUAUCAUGCAGCGGUGGAAAUCAACGUGUUGUCUCCGUGCUGUCUUGGUAUGAAGUGGCCAUCCGAAGAGCACACCCUUGCUAUUUAUUCAGAGGAUGCAAUCAAUACAGGUCAAUUGGAAGCAACUUGCGACUGUCGAGAAAACUGAACCAGAUGCUAGUAGGCAAUCUUGAUCAACCAAGCUGUAGGAAUUUUUUUCUUCCAAUGAAACAUAAUGUAUUAUUAUGAUACAGGCAACUCACUAGAGAUUUACGAUUUUAGUGUCCUUGUCUGCAGAGAUCAAAACCAAUGCAGGAAGGAGAAUUUCAUUUGCUAGAA